AUGUCUGCUAUUGCCUUGAAAUCCAAAUCUUUAAACCCUUUGUUAAAAUGCUCUUUACCAAUCUUGAAAAACUCCCACUCAAGCCAAUUAUUCCUUAAAAAUUCAUACAACUAUCUCCUCCUGAAUAAAUCUUUCUCAAAGAGAUAUGCCUCAAACAAAUCCUAUCCUCCUUAUACUGUCAUUAACAUGCCUGCUUUAUCCCCAACAAUGUCCCAAGGUAACUUGGCCGUUUGGAAUAAAUCUGUUGGUGACAAAUUGCAGCCAGGUGAACCAAUUGCUGAAGUCGAAACCGAUAAAGCUCAAAUGGAUUUCGAAUUCCAAGAAGAAGGUUAUCUUGCAAAAAUCUUUGUUGAUGGUGGUACCAAAGAUGUCCCUGUUGGUAAACCAAUCGCUAUUUACGUCGAAGAUGAAGCUGAUGUCUCUGCUUUUUCUGAUUUUACUGAAGCUGACGCCGGUGGUUCUGCUCCUGCUCCUGCUCCUGCUUCCGAACCCGCUCCUUCCACUUCGGCUUCUGCCUCCCAACCUGCUGAAUCUUCUGCUCCAGCUCCCGUUUCAGAAAAGCCUCAAUCAUCUCCAUCUCCAUCUCCAUCUUCAUCUUCAUCUUCAUCCUCAUCUUUGUCUCCAUCAAGAAUCUUCGCUUCUCCUUUAGCAAAGACAAUUGCUUUAGAAAAAGGCAUCGCUUUGAAAAAUAUCACUGGAACUGGUCCAAAUGGCCGUAUCACUGCUAAAGAUGUUGAAUCUUAUGUUCCUCCACCUGCUCCACAACAACCUUCUGCCGAUACAACUCCUGCACCAACCACUGCCUCUUCCUCUGCCGCUGCCCCUUCAUCUUCUGAAGAUUAUGAAGAUAUCCCAAUUACAACAAUGAGAUCCGUUAUUGCUAAAAGAUUAACUGAAUCCUCUCAAAAUAAUCCUUCUUAUAUCGUCUCUUCAGAUGUCUCUGUCUCAAAAUUAUUGAAAUUACGUAAAUCUCUUAAUGACAACUCCAAUAACCAAUUCAAAUUAUCAAUUAACGAUAUCCUCAUUAAAGCAGUCGCUAAAACUUGUCAAUUAGUUCCCCAAGCUAACUCCUACUGGCUAGAAAACGAGAAUGUAAUCAGACAAUUCAAAAAUGUCGAUGUAUCUGUGGCUGUCGCAACUCCAACUGGCCUUAUAACUCCCAUAGUUAAAAACGCGCAUGCUAUAGGCUUAAAAGAAAUCUCCUCUCAAGUUAAAGAUUUGGGUAAGAGAGCUAAGGAAGGUAAAUUGUUGCCCCACGAAUUCCAAGGUGGUACUAUUACCAUCUCAAACUUGGGUAUGAAUCCAGCAGUUAAAUUAUUCACAAGUAUUAUUAAUCCUCCUCAAUCCGCUAUCAUAGCUAUUGCAACAAUCGAAAAGAAAGCAAUUCCUGAUAAAGCUAAUCCAAACGGUUUUAUCUUUGAUGAUGUUAUUAAUGUUACUGCAACUUUUGAUCACAGAGUGGUCGAUGGUGCUUUAGGUGGCGAAUGGAUUAAAGCUUUCAAAAAGGUUGUCGAAAAUCCUUUAGAAUUAUUACUUUAA